CACACAUGGUACACAUAAGGGUACACACACCUACAAACACACAGUACACACACACACAGCACACACACACAGUACACACACACAUACAGUACACACACUUUUACACCGUACACACACACAGCAUACACACAGACACAAUACACACACCUACACACCACACUCACACACAGUACAAUACACACAGAAACACUGACAUCUGACACUCUCAGCAGGUAAUGGUUGAAUGGAUGAAUGCCCUGUCUCACCUAUCUGACUGGUGUUCUACAGUUUCAGAUUGAAGAUGGUCAAAACCCCAAAGGUCGAGACAAGGCCAUAGUGAUCCCAGCUCACACCACCAUCGCAUUCAGCAUCUUUGAACUGUUUGUUCGAUUGGAUGGACGACUUGAUAUCUGUGUGAGCCCUGAGUCGUUGGGCGGAUUUGAGAAGGAGCUGAUCAGAGAGCAGCUGGGUGGUUUCAUUGGUCGAUUCUCUAUGGGACGGCUCCGCAGGUUCCUGUCUGGGAUUGUGUACGGAAACCCCUUCAGAGCAGACGACAGGACGUUUGAGGAGCUCACCCACACCCACUCAGACACCUACAUGGACGACGUAGUGACCGACUACUAUGAAAAGGCAGCCAGCAUGACGGACGUCUCCUCCACCUACCCGAGAGGGGACUCCCACUCCCGUGUCAACCUCCUCAACCACAACAUCCCCAAGGGCCCCUGUGCCCUGUGUGGCCGGGGCCAGACACCGAGGGAGACGGUAUACGGCUGUCUGGAGUGCUCCUCCGGGGGGCACAAGUACGUCAGGCUACACGUGGUGCCUUGUUUCGACCUGUGGCACAAGACGCUCAGCUGAAGAGAUGGACUCAGGAAGAGGGAGGGAGGGAGAGAGAGAGAGGUCAUCCCUGAUUAGGCAUAUAGUACCUAGCUAAUAGCCCUGUGCCAUACUGACAGUCAGAAAACUGGGGCUGGCCAAUGUCUGUAGUACUGUAUCUUAUUUGGAGCUGCCUUCCACUCCCCCUCAAUGGAUCCUCCCAAGUGACUCCCUCCGUUAGUCUACAUUAGUCUCCUCUACUCUAUUCCAUCUCUAUUCCAACUAUUUCAUCUACACUUGACCUUGUUGUGGCCUCAUUCUGCUGGUUUCAAAGUGUGUCAUCAGGUCUUUUGGGUCAUCACCUGACGUUCAGUGUUUGUAGUGGGGUGUUUCGACCUCACCAGGUCAGUGGGACAUUGUAAUGGUGAAAAGAGAGUGAAGAGGCUGUAAAUCUACAUUCAUACUGCCAUGGUUACGUGACAUGGAUUCUCCUUUGUUGUUAUGUUUUUGUGACAUUUCGUUUUCUAUGGCUGGAUUAUUUAUUUUUAAAUAAAGAUUGAGGUUUUCUCUGUA